UUAUCGGGUAUUAUAUAACUGUUAUUACAAAACCCGACUAUUAUUAUAAUUAUUAUGAAUCGAGUGGUCAUCGUAUCGGGUUUGCGGACACCCUUUUUGCGGGCCAACACACAGUUCAACGAUUUGAACGGCUUUGAACUGUUACGGCACUCGUUGUUGGCAACGGUCAACAAAGUACCGAAUCUGACCAAAGAUGAUAUCAAUUAUGUAGUAUCGGGUCAGACAAUGGCAAUGUAUAACUCGAACAUAGCCAGAGAUGCCGUACUGACUGCCGGUUUCGAUGUAACCAAAACACCAGCCCAUACGGUAACCCAGGCCUGCAUUAGUGCCAAUCAGGCCAUUACGUCGGUAGCCUCGUUGAUCGCUACCGGACAGAUCGAGUGCGGCAUCGGCUGCGGUGUGGACGCACUGUCCGAUCCGCCCAUACGGCUGACCAGAGCCGCCCGUAAAUGGUUGCUAACAAUGAACAAAACAAAAGGCUUAUCGAAGAGGUUGGCUAUGUUUUUGAAAGCCCGUCCGUCAAUGAUCUACGGUUUUGAAGCGCCGCCAAUAGCCGAGUUUACUACCGAUGAGACAAUGGGUCAGUCGUGCGAUCGGGUGACCAAAGCCUUUGGAGUCACCCGCGAAGAUCAGGACAGAUUUGGUCUGCGGUCACACGAGUUGGCCGCAAAAGCUAGCGAAUCGGGUCUUUUAUCGGACGUCUCGCCCAUGUGUUUACCGAAAAUCGGUUUGGUCGACAAAGAUAACGGUAUCCGAUUGGCCACAUAUGACUCGGUAGCCAAACUGAAACCGGCGUUUACAAAGUCAGGUACGGCUACGGCCAGUAAUUCGUCAUUUUUGACCGACGGCGCGUCGUCUACACUGUUGAUGUCCUAUGAAAAGGCCCGUAAACUGGGACUGAAACCCGAAAUAGUGAUCAAAGACUAUAUCUAUGCGGCCAUCGAUCCGAAAGAGCAUCUGCUGUUAGGUCCGGCACACGCUAUCACUAGAUUGUUGGCCAAAAACAGGUUACGUGCGGCCGAUAUUGAUGUCUACGAACUGCACGAAGCUUUUAGCGGUCAAGUGUUGGCCAAUUUGCGGGCAAUGGACAGCUCAGAGUAUUCGCAAUCGAAAAUCGGCGCCGCCAGCAAAGUCGGCGACUUACCGAUGGACAGGUUGAACGCUUGGGGCGGCUCUGUAUCGUUGGGCCAUCCGUUCGGUGCUACCGGUUCACGACUGGUAAAUAUGGCAGCCAAUCGGCUGCUGCAUACCGGCGGUAAGUACGCGAUGGUCAGUGCCUGCGCUGGCGGUGCUUUAGGACACGCAAUGAUCAUUGAAAAUAUUUCGUAA